GCACCCUUCUAUUCAGUCAGUCAUUUUACCUGAGGUUCAGGGUGCCCACCAGGCACGUCCACCAGCCCAGGUGCCUCGGCUACCUGCUGAGAGCGGCGCAGGAAGACAAGAAAGUCAUCAGCUGUGACCAAUGCGGCACCCACCCCCAGUGGGUCUGCCAGAUAGGCUUGCUUGUCACCCCAAUCUGUAGCUCCCUGCUGCCGCAGCCAGGAGGCGGAGCUGGACCAGUUGGUGCCCAGGAAGUCCCGGUAGGAAGUUAGACCCAGCUGCAGGAGCAGCUGUGGUCCAGGUGAGCCGGAUGCCAGCUUGGCUGAGUGAAGGCGGAACUUGGGAGCAUCAAAGAUCCAGGGUUGGGUCUGUAGCCGGCUCUCCCAGAUGGCAGUAAUAGUCUUGUCUCCUCCAGGCAGUGGACGACGGUCAUAAGCUGGGCUUAGCUCUACUGCUACUUGCUCCUGGGACAGUCCCCCAAGAGGGCAAAGCAACAGGAGGGACACCUCGGGGUCCAUGGUUUUACAGGGACGUUCUGGGGAAAAACACCGAUGGUCAUCCUGUAACUCUAGGGAACGAGCUGAGCCUCUCUUCCACAGAACUCCUGAGAAUGACCCAACUCUUCUGCAGAUACCUGACUUGCUUGGGCAGCGAGUAUCCUCCCAGCAAUGAGCCUAGCAAGCGCCAAUGAACACUCCAGCUGCCCCGAACCCCUAAAACCUUUGGUCAUCCCUACCACCCAGCAGCUACAACGCUCAUGGCCCCCAAACCAGGACUCCUACAUCCAACCUGAAUACGUUGAAUCUACUCCCAGGGUCUGGAAGCAAGCUCUCGGAAUUCACUGGCCGGCUUGGUUCCCAAGCUCCACCUCUUUCCCCUCAAGCGGAAGUGCCCGCCCCUUUCCUUCGCGGCUUCCCAUUAGCCAGUCCGUGUCACGCGACCCGCCCUCCGCAGCUGAGCGCUUCUGAUCCCGCUCACCUUGGCGUCUGUCCGCACUCCAGUCCCGAGACCCGGACGGCAGAUCCGCCUUCCGAUUCCGGAGAGCGGGGUUCGAUCCAGAUCCCUCGGGCCUCGUGGCUGUCAUUGUGACCCUGGGCAAGUCUCAUCAGCUGGGCCUCAAAUUUCCUUGUGUGGACCAGAGGUUCCAGGAUCUUGGCCAUGAACGCCCCUGGAGGAAGGAGGCAGGAAGGUAGAAGGACCCAUAGACCCCGGGAACAGGACCGAGAUGUGCAGUUGUCUAAGGCUCUGUCCUAUGUCCUACGCCACGGAGCCUUGAAGCUGGGACUUCCCAUGCGAGCUGAUGGCUUUGUACCCCUGCGAUCCCUUCUGCAGCUGCCCCAGUUCCACAGCUUCUCAAUUGAGGAUGUGCAGCACGUGGUGGAUACCAACGGAAAGCAGCGGUUUGCCCUGCAGCCAGGCGAGCCCAGCACUGGCCCUCUCAUCAGGGCCAAUCAGGGCCACUCCCUACAAGUACCUGAGCUGGAGCUGAUGCCCCUGGAGACAGCACAAGCCCUGCCUUUGAUGCUAGUCCAUGGCACAUUCUGGAGGCACUGGCCAUCUAUUCUACUGAAGGGCUUGUCGUGCCAAGGAAGGGCGCACAUCCACUUGGCCUCAGGAUUGCCUGGGGACCCUGGUGUCAUCAGUGGCAUGCGCCCACAUUGUGAAGUGGCGGUGUUCAUCGAUGGACCCCUAGCCCUGGCAGAUGGAAUCCCCUUCUUCCGCUCUGCCAACGGCGUGAUCCUGACUCCAGGGGAUGCUGACGGCUUCCUGCUUCCCAAGUACUUCAAGGAGGCCUUGCAGCUGCGGCCUACCCGAAAGCCUCUCCCCUUGGCUGGUGAUAAAGAAGCAGAACAUCAGAAUGGCCCCAAGCACAGCUCCAGAGGAGGAAGAAGAAAGAUCCAACAAUAAAAUAUUUAUUUAUUAAAAAACAAAAACAAAAUGACUCUGAAAACAGUCACAGAAAGAAAAUCCAGUUUGAAAGAAUGAUUCCUUGUUCCUUAUCCAUAUCUGGACCUCCUCACGUGCUUCGGGACUACAUAUAGGUAUGGGUGUGAGCUUCUGCCAACAGGGCAAGAGGAGGGGCACUGUGUGGCUCAGAGCCUACCAUCCCUAGGCUGGGUGGUGGCAGCAUCUACCCCAUCCAAGGGCCUUGGCCUGCCGGCAACAGCAGGUGCGUGUGUGGCGUGGUGGAGCAGUGAGUUCAGGAGCAUGCGGGCUUGUGAGGAUCCCUGGAGGCGCUAAGUGGAGCAGGGGCAGCCUGGCUGCCCUCAGAAGGCCUCAUGGCCACCCGUAAGCUGCAGGAAUAGGUCCUCGUCCAGCUCCUCCCCGCGAGCCCGCUCUCGAGUAGACAGGAAAAUGUAGCCCCCGAUGUACUCGUGCACGAUACGGCAGCUGGCGGACACACAGCUGAAGGCCACAUUGAUGUGCUCAUCAAAUUCAAUGGCCACCUGUAGGCGGGUGGUCACAGGUCCAGUGGGCAGGGGCAACAAGUGGCAGCUUCUGCUCUGCCCUAGUUGGGUCUGCUCUAGCCGCCUGGCCCUGGCCCCGCCCUCCCUUGGGGCCUACCUGCCGAAUGUCCCAGUUGACAUUCCACUGACGCAUGUUGCUGAAGCGCCAAGUCUUGACCACAUCGCCCACGGCCAGGUCAAUGCGGAUCAGUCGGUUGUUGGCAAUGCCCAAGAUCUCAUCUUUCCUGCUGCCCUUGAACCUUAUUCCCAGGGUGGAGAAAUAUGAGUGGCAGCUACACCGCGUCUGGCCCUGGAGCCUACCCCGUGUGUGCGCUGCUCCAGAACCCUCAGUGUAGAGCACAGCCUCACCCGCCCCAGUUUUUCCUAGCCUUAAGCUCCUACUCUGGAAAAUGGGAUUAUUCAAGGUCUCAGGUUGGCCAGGCUGGUGCAGCAUGUCUGCCAUCCCAGCAAGGGGGUGGAUGCAGGAAUUCAAUCAAGAUUGGCAUGUGGUGGAUGAAGCUCAGUCUCAAAAACCAGUGUGUGUGUGCGUGUGUGUGUGCACAUGCACUCACAUGUGUGGGUAGGGGAUGAGGGAGGUGUGUAGGGGACUGAGAAGAUUUUUCAUUCAAUAAAGUACCUUCCUUGCAAGUA